AUGUCUAUCUGGGACACUCUCUCAGGUCGAAAGCAGACGGCCGGAACCGCUGCGUUCGAUCCAACCUCUGCCACAGAUGUGACCUCCUUUCUCUCUAAUACCGCUAUUCCCGACCCAUCAGAACUCCAUCCUCUGGCCGGGCUAAACCAGGACACACUCGAUUAUCUGACGCUGGAGGACUCGGCCUUGAGUGAACUGCCUGGCUCUCAGUCUGCCCUGCCAUCGAGAGGAUGGUCCGACGACCUCAGCUACGGCACCGGAACCACAUACCUGAUUGCUCUUUCAGUCGGAGGAGCCUGGGGCCUUAUCGAAGGGCUGAAGCGAUCACCCGCCGCGGCCGCACCGAAGCUGCGCCUCAACAGCGUACUCAACUCAGUUACUCGCCGGGGGCCCUUCCUGGGUAACUCUGCCGGUGUCGUUGCAUUGGUGUAUAAUGGUGUGAAUUCAACAAUCGGACAUGUGAGAGGCAAGCACGAUGCGGCGAACAGCAUUGUAGCUGGGGCCUUGAGCGGGAUGCUCUUCAAGAGCACCAGGGGAGUUCGGCCCAUGAUGAUUUCUGGAGCCGUUGUUGCCAGCAUUGCUGGUGCCUGGACUGUAUCUCGACGAGUCUUCUUUUCUUGA